UAUUUCAUCCUCAUCUCUUUGGAGAGAAGACCCAUGGACACCCAUGGCUCCUCCUCUUUCUCUAGCUUCACAGCCUAUGCCCGAGCCCUGGCUCAGACCCCCGCUCGCCUCGCCCGCCGGGCAUGCUCCGUCUCUACCUCCUUCGAGGAGAUGAGCAGGGUCCGGGCCCGCUCCGGUUCCGACAUGCAGAGAAACCUUCGCUGGUUCGAUCUUGUGGGGUUUGGCCUCGGCGGCAUGGUCGGCGCGGGUGUCUUCGUUACUACCGGUCGCGCCAGCCGUCUCUACGCCGGCCCUGCUGUUGUCCUUUCCUACGCCAUUGCCGGUAUCUGCGCACUCCUCUCUGCUUUCUGCUAUACCGAGUUCGCCGUCGACAUGCCAGUCGCCGGCGGCGCCUUUAGCUACCUCCGCGUCACCUUCGGUGAAUUUGCGGCGUUUUUAACGGGGGCAAAUCUUGUGAUGGACUACGUUUUAUCGAACGCCGCCGUAGCCCGGAGUUUCACGGCUUACCUUGGCACAGCCAUCGGAUUUCCCACCACUAAAUGGAGGUUCACCGUCUCCGGACUGCCCAAAGGGUUCAACGAAAUCGACCUGGUCGCGGUCGCCGUCGUCCUAAUCAUCACACUCAUUAUCUGUUACAGCACGAGAGAGAGCUCAGUGGUGAACAUGGUGCUGACGGCGAUGCAUAUACUCUUCAUAGCUUUUGUGAUAGUAGUUGGGUUUUGGAGGGGAGAUUGGAAGAACUUCACUGAACCGGCGGAUCCGCGGCGUCAUCAGGGCGGGUUCUUUCCGUUCGGAGCUUCGGGUGUUUUCAAUGGGGCAGCCAUGGUUUACCUGAGCUAUAUAGGAUACGACGCCGUUUCGACGUUGGCUGAAGAAGUCCGAAACCCGGUCAAGGAUAUCCCAAUCGGCGUUUCUGGUUCUGUUAUGCUCGUUACCAUUCUCUACUGCUUAAUGGCGGCUUCAAUGUCGAAGCUCCUCCCAUACGAUGCGAUCGAUCCGGAGGCGCCGUUUUCGGCGGCGUUCAGAGGGCAAUCCAACGGCUGGAAAUGGGUGUCGAACGUGAUCGGAGCGGGUGCAAGCUUCGGGAUACUGACGUCGCUGAUGGUGGCGAUGCUGGGUCAGGCGAGGUACAUGUGCGUCAUCGGACGGUCGAAGGUGGUCCCAUCAUGGUUCGCGAGGGUCCACCAUAAGACUUGUACGCCUGUCAACGCUUCCGCUUUUCUUGGAAUCUUCACUGCGGCAAUAGCAGUAUUCACGGAUCUAAAUGUGCUGCUCAACCUCGUAUCCAUCGGCACCCUGUUUGUGUUUUACAUGGUUGCGAAUGCAGUGAUUUACAGGCGAUACGUGUCGGUUGGGGCAACAAAUCCAUGGCCGACCCUGUCCUUCCUAGUAUCUUUCUCGCUCACAUCCAUAAUAUUCACACUGAUAUGGCAUUUUGCAGCCCCGGGGCAUCCAAAGGAGGUUAUGCUGGGAGCCUGCACCGUAGUCGCUGUUGCCAUUUUGCAAAUGUUCCAUUGCAUGGUCCCCCAGGUUAGGAAACCCGAACACUGGGGGGUCCCUCUAAUGCCAUGGAUACCAUCCAUCUCCAUUUUCUUGAACAUUUUCCUUUUGGGCUCCCUUGAUAGGCCCUCCUAUGUGCGCUUCGGCUACUUUUCGGCCCUUGCAGUGCUUGUCUAUGUGUUAUACAGUGUCCAUGCCAGCUUUGAUGCCCAAGAAGAUGGCUAUUACAUUCAAAAGAAUGCUGAAAUUCCGAAGGAUUCAGAAGCAAGUGUGGACGCCAUUACCAUGGUCUAGAAAGUGUAAAAAAAAAAAAACCCUCUUUCCACCUCCCCCUUCCUUUUUUUUUUUUUUUUUUUUUUUUUUGUCUUUUUUGAGUUGAUGGUUCCACUAUGAAAGGGGGAGAAGAAGAAGAUAAGAAUAGGCUUCAAUUUUGCUAAAAAAAAAAAAAAAAAAAGAGUGGGAAUGAAAAUUGUAUAGUUGAGAGAUGUUUGGGAGGAAUAGAUUUUUAGAUUGGGAAUCCCCCCUUUCGGUUCCUGGAAAAAUCCAUCAACUUUAGAGUCGGAUGUAUGACAAGUAAAAGCAGCACAUCAAGCAAAAACAGUUAGCGUGUACA